AUGCUCAGCGGCACGAAGAGCAGCACGCCAGCAACGCGGCUGACUGCAGCCUUGCGCUCCCUGGCUGCCAAGGUCACACGGGACGCAGGCGGCUUUAGCCGUGAGUGCGGUUUCUUCCACGGGAAGUUGUCCAGGCUCUUGAACCACAAGUGCAAGGCCGCCGAGCCACGCUUGCCUGCCCAAGUCCGGCGCCGGCGAGCUACUGCAGCUUUGGCAGUCGCAGCCCGUCAAGUGACCGGCGCUGGCGCCGCAGCUGAUGAGGCAGCGGCGCGCGGUUCAGAGGAGUCGCCCUUGGCCCCUGUGCUGGCGGAAAUGGUUGCCAGCAAGAGGCCUGCGGCUCGGAGACUGCAGUCCUUGGAUUUGACAACUCCUCCGCGCGCCAUGCCCUGGGCAUGCUGCAUGGCAGAGUGUCCAGCGCGGGCGGGCGACUUUGAGAAUGUCGGAUACACCCUUCAGCUGGUGGCGAAGCAGGCGGCUGCUGGCGAGCAAUUCCUUCUGGCAAGCUUGAGCGGGCACAGCUCCCCAGCCGAGCUGGUCAGUGUCUUCUCCGCUCUGCUGGUGAGUUGGGACGUCUUUUGCGCACCUUGCACCCUGUCCCAAAAAGUUGCGCAAGUGCUGCAAGAUGUGUGCAGCCGGCCUUUGGCGUACCGUGUCAUGCCAGCCAGCUGCCCGCAAGCGGACGGCGGCGUGUGCCACAUCCUUUGCCGGGGAAAGCGGCGGGGCUUCAAAUUCCUGACAGCUACUGGCAUGUGGCGGUGUGAAGCGGCGACGUACUCCUGCAAGGCACAUGGGGGCUUUAGAUGGAACUUGCCUGUCGGCGCAUCGUCUGCAGGCGCGACACUUGUCGGAGACGUUAUGGGCGACUGGAUUGUGCACAGCUCAUUCUGGCCACCAAUCUGGCAAAAGCUUCUAGCAACGGAGUCGCACGUGGCGCUAGAAAGGCACGUGCGUCGCCAAGUAGGGAGCGCUGUGUUCUUGGCAUUGGCGGAGCACCCGGGCGCCAGCAGCUUGCCACACUGCGACAAGGGUGAGAUCCACCGGCAUUUGUUGCAGCAUUGCUCGCAGACGCCCGAUGCGGUCACAUUGAAGAACUGGCUGCUGAGCUUCAUGUCAGCGCAGAUGAGCUUGGAGGAUGUGGCGGCUUUGGCUGCGGAGGUGGUGGCUUCCCAUGGCGCCAUAUGCUGCUUUGACUUUUCGUCCAGCGACGGUGCCCGGACUGUAUUUAAGCGCCGCACUUUCAUGAUGAAACUUCGCCCCAGCACAUAG